AUGGCAGAUAGUAAGCAAACAAUGGACGGCGGAGUAAAGUUGCAGUCAGCUUUCUACCCUAAAGCAAGCAGCAUGCCAUACUCGCAGGCGGAAAGUGCCACUGGUGCUGUGGCUGGGCCUCGACUGCCGGCUGAAAUGCUCUCGCAAAUCUUCAUCUCCGGCCUGGAGACGACUGGCUUGCGGCAGCAGUAUUCCUACCUGGCUGCGGUGUCAGGCGUUUGUAGGGAGUGGCGAAUGGCCGCGAUCGAGGAUCCGUUCUUAUGGGACAACAUCUACGCCAACGUAACUGACAAGAGGCGAGCCCACCAAGAGAUCACCAAGUUGUACCUGGAGCGAUCAAAAUCCUGCUUGCUCAAAGUGCAUCUCACGGGAAACCCCCAUGCCGUUGCACCCCCCCAGUGGACCGCGGACAGACACCCGGGCCAGCUCAUGUCCAGCGCGGGUAGAUGGCGAAAGCUGGUUGUUGAGUCCGAGGGCGACGUGGUAGCAGCGGUACUGUUUUAUCUGUCGGUCGGACGAACGGCGCAGGUGCUCUCUGCACUCGAGACAAUGGAGUUUCGGGCGCCGCCGCCGCGACACUUUCAUGGGCGCUCGCUCUGGGCAUUAGACAGUACUUGGCACCGCACUGAGCAUCCUCGCGGUCGGCUGAAUGUGGCGAUAAGAACGGGGACGGCGCAGUUGGCCACCCCAGCCUUGACCCGCCUUGGCAUCUUGCAAGCGUUCUUGGACCCAAACUGGCCCUUGUUCUUUUCCCUAGCGAACGUCACUUGCCUCGAGCUGGCCUUCGAUAUGUCGUGGAACGAGCUGCAUGGUGCACUAUCGCGCGCUCCGCUUCUGCGGCGCUUGGGAUUCAGCGGAUCCUUGCACAAUUCAGAACUGGACGAAGACGACUUGACACCGAUUGUUAUGCCACACCUGUGCCAUGCCGAAGUGUAUUUUGCUACAUACCGGGGGGAGUUGAUCUUCAGGCGUUUCUGGUCUGUUGUCUCCUGCCCGAACUUGGCACGACUUCGUCGGAGAGGGUCGGGCCACUUUCAGUAA